CUCUACUCAAGUGAUUCGUGAAUUCAAUUCACUUGUGUUUUGUGUUAUGAUGAGUAGUUGGUCGUCUGCACUCUGUCUCUGUCUGCGAAAUCUAACCUCCAAAAUAAAGUCGUUCGUCGUGAGCAGAAAACACGCGCAUAUUCCGUGCGUGGAGUUAAAUAAUUCAGUUCGGGACGUUUCAUGGAAUAUUUCAGAAUUCAUUGCAGAAAAUAUAACGUAUAACGUUGCGCUUUAUUGAAAUUAAAAUAAACAACUUGAAGGGAAUAUUUCCAGGUGCGACGGUGGGCCAGGUCAGUUUCUGCAGAACCAAGCCUAGAAAUUGAAAAUUUCGCUAAAAUAGAGCAAAUAAUUAUGAACUACUUUACUGUUCUACGCUUUGGACACUGUACAGCCUUGAACAAGGGUCUAAUAGAGCAUUGCUUAAGACGGUACAUACCUAUGUGCCAAGCCAGAUUCUACGUCAAAGAAAGUGAAAAUCGCUACAGGCAGCGUAUCGGGGCGAACGAACGGACGCAGAAGAAAGCAUUGCGAAUACGUAUAAUGCAAAAUUUUAAAAGUACAAGAAGAAAAGUGGAAGAGAUCAUUGAAAGGGAAAACAUUUGGACGAUACCCAAUUUUAUUUGCAUAGGUCGUAUAAUAACAUCACCGUUCUUAAGUUACUUGAUCCUGACACAAGAUUAUCAGAUAGCGCUAUGGUUGCUUGCGUUUGCAGGACUGAGCGAUUUGGCGGACGGAUGGAUUGCGCGCACCUGGACGUCGCAGGCCUCGAAACUCGGAAGCUUUCUGGAUCCAGUCGCGGACAAGUUGCUCGUCGGGACGAUGUUUCUCUCCCUGACCUGGGUCGGCUUGAUACCAGUUCCGCUCACUUGUCUCGUUGUCACGCGCGACGUCGUUCUAGUAACUGCUGCAUCUUACAUUAGAUAUCGUUCCUUACCUCCACCGAAAACCUUGGCAAGGUACUUCGAUCCUACACACGCUACCGUACAAUUGGCACCGACUUUAACGAGCAAGCUAAACACCGGAGUGCAACUGGCUCUGAUUGCUGGAACGUUGGCAUCGCCAGUUUAUCAUUUCGUAGACCAUCCGAUCUUGCAAUGCCUGUAUUAUAUAACUGCAUUCACAACAGUUGCAGGAGGUGCCAGUUAUCUAUUAUCGAAGGAUACGUAUAAAUUGUUGAGGAAGAAGAAAACCCCGACGCGAACAUCACCUUAGACCCAGACUGUAUAUUAUAUGUAUUAUAUUAUCCCUCAUUUAUUUAGAUUGUACGAUGUAUAUUGCUUCUUUUUGUAUGUACUAUAUAUUAUAUCUACUAUCUUGUA